AUGGAGCAUCAGAUCGCGAACGAGUCGCACAUCAACAAAAUGGACAGGAUGUGUGACUGUCCCACUAAUGCUCGCUCCCCUCAGGCCCUGACAAAUAUCCCAGGGUUUGGGGACCAUCAGAUCUCCGAUGCCAGCAGAGGACACGGAUAUCGCCUGACAAGUUAUUCCGGAGAAAACACCAGCCCCCCACCUCCCUACAGUUCCUUUCAGCAAAACAAAAAGAGAAAAGAGCCAGUCUUCUCUCAUUAUUGUGAUACCUGUGACCGUGGCUAUAAAAAUCAGGAUAAAUAUGAUGAACAUGUUUCACAACAUAUGCAGUGCACAGAAGAAGGUUGCAAUUUCAACGCACAUGAGAAGCUAGUUCAGAUACAUUGGAAGAAUGUGCAUGGUCCUGGUGCUAAAAAAAUAAAGUUAGAUACUCCGGAAGAGAUUGCUAGAUGGAGAGAAGAGAGAAAAAAAAAUUUUCCUACUGUGGCAAACAUUGAAAAGAAGAAGGUGAUGCAGAUGGAGAAGGAAGAAAGGGGAGAGGUGCUGACUACUCCACAGUUUGGCAAAAUGAAGGGGAUGUGGAAAGCUCCAGCAGAUGAGGAGAGGUAUGGGCAGCAAGGAAGACAGAAGAAAAAGCAAAAACGCCAGUUCUGGAAGAAGUUUAAGAGAAAUGGUGGAGGUGAUAGUGUGCCAUCACAAAGAAAUCAAAAUGUAGCUAAUGGACCAGAAAACCAUGCGUGUGAGCGAGAAGGUGAAAAACAGCCUGCACUGGAGUCUCAGGCAUGCAUGAAGGACGUGGACCCUCUCAGUCUACUGGCAAGCAGUGAUAUUGAGUCCGACAAGGAGGAGGAAGCUGCUGAAGAUGGGAAGCUGGGAACAACUGUUGUUCCCAAGCAGGUCACCUCGGCCCUGACUUCCUUGUCGGCCAACUACGGCAGCGCGUCGGAGAGCGAGCCCGAAGAAAUCCCUGUCAAGAUUGUAGCAAAAACUGAAGAAAACCAGGCUGUGCUCAGCAAUGCCUCUCAAGCUACAAGUGUUCCUCAGAAUCCAAACGUGAACCAGGAGCGUGUGGAAUCCACAAAUGCAACGUUAAGAAGCUCCAAUUCAACUGCAGGCCCCCCCAGAGGCCCUGACAAAUGGGGAAAGAAACUGUUAUCCCUCUUCCCGAAGCGGCGUCCAACUCUGCUGGAAAUGUUGCUGGCCCAGGACAUCCGGCACGAGAGGAACGUGAUUCUGCAGUGCGUUCGGUACAUCGUCCGCAACGACGUGUUUGGACUCCCCUUAAAGGCGGAAGCGGCAGCCGAAACGGAGCUUGGGCAGGACUCUCAAACUGCAGCCGAGGCUUUGGCGGACAAACUCCACGGAGCUGAUGGCUCUUGUAGCCCUCUCCCUCGGUUAGCAGGAGGGGAGGGAGAUGCGGUGUUAACAGCCCGGAGUGAGAAAGCGCCCGUAGAUCAGACCUCACAGAAGCCUCCCUGGGUAGAUGAGGAGACGUGGGAAACGACAGCAAUUCACUGUGAAGAGGCGUUAUAG